AGCUGCUCGCGCUGGCGAAUAUGUUGGGCUUCGCGCCCACGCGGACGCGACCGAGGCUCAGAUGCUCCCCCAGCUUGCCAAGAUCCAGAACAGCAUGGCCCACCUGGCCCAUACCAUCACGACCCACACGGCGUCCAUCCAGAACCAGCUGGAAGCCCGCGUCGCUGACAUCGACCGGCGCAUGUGCAGGACCGAGAAGACAGUCGAGGACAUGGCCGAGGAUAUCAAACUACCCCGGAAAAAACACGACUUGUGGUACGAGCAAAACCUGUCAAGCAAGCAGUUCCCGAGCCGCCUGGAUUCAGCAGAGAGGCCAAUCCCUGCAUCUUGGUCAUUCGUGCUCAAGCGAUGGCCACAACAAAUGAAGUUGUUCAAUAUAUCGUUCUUUGGCUUCAAGAGUGUAAUGUCGACGUGGACGAUCACGAGAUUCAAGGUGACCAAACUGGACGCAGGUUCACACUGGCCUUCAAUGGUGCACGUGGAUGCACGUCGUGCGGCGCAGUGUUUGGCCCAUCUCAAACGCGACGACGGCUCCUACUGGAAGUUCGAGACCACAUCCCCCGACAAUGUGCCGAUGUCCCUCUUCAUAUCAGCGGACAAGAACCUGUGCCAGAUCAAGAAAGAGCUCUACACGAAACUCCUGCGCAAAUUCCUCUCCGAGUGCUACGCUUCUACACUGACAG